AUGAGUGUGCCCGGCAGCUGUGGGGAGCACAGCAGAGAUGUGAGCAGAGGAAAUCCAUGUGUGAGGCUGCGGCUGGCGGUGGACGUGAGGCUGGUGGGAGCUGGGGGCUGGGGAGCAGAUACACCCCCAGCAGUGACUCCUCUCACUGCCCUGCUGCUGCGCUGUCGGAGUGCUCUGAGCACCUGCUGCUUUGUGCCAGUCCCCAUUUGCUGGCAGAGGGAUAGCCGCUUGGUCAAAUGCUGCCCACUUGUCGUGCCUGCUGUGAUGGGCAUCGCGUGCAGCGAGAUCAGCUGUGGGCCUGACAUGGCACAGAUGGAGGCUGAGAACAACGGGAAGCCCCUGCUGGGCCGUGAGGAGUCAUCUCUUAAUAUCCCAGCUAUUGCUGCUGCCCACGUUAUUAAGAGAUACGUUGCCCAGGCACCGGAUGAACUCUCCUUGGAGGUGGGAGACCUCGUGUGCGUCAUCGAUAUGCCACCUCAGGAGCUGAGCCCCCGCUGGAGAGGCAAGCACGGCUUUCAGGUUGGAUUUUUCCCUGGUGAGUGUGUGGAGCUCAUUAACGGAAAAAUCCCAGAGUCUCUCAUCAAUUCAGUGCCAAAGCCAGUGCCCAAGAAGCGCGGCAGGCUCCUCACCUUCCUUCGUUCCGUGGUGAAGGCCCGCCCAAAGCAACGGAAAGAGCGGGAGGUGGAGAAGGAGAGGGUGUUUGGCCGUGACCUGGGAGAGCAUCUUCUCCACUCUGGUCGUGAUGUCCCCCAGGUCCGCCAGAGCUGCGCUGAGUUCAUCGAGCAGCAUGGCGUGGUGCAGGGGAUAUACCGCCUGUCCGGCGUGGCAUCCAACGUCCAGAGACUGCGCCAGGAAUUUGAGUCUGAGCAGGUUCCUGAGCUAACCGUCCGCGACAUUCACAGCGCGAGCUCCCUCUGCAAAAUGUACUUCAGGGAGCUCCCGAACCCCCUGCUGACCGACCAGCUGUACGACAAGUUCUCGGAUGCUGUUGGUGCCACUACGGAGGAGGAGCGGCUGGUCAGAAUGCGGGACGUCAUCCAGCAGCUGCCCACUCCUCACUACAGGACCCUGGCGUAUCUGAUGAGACUCUUGGCCUGUCUGGCUGGGCACUGCUCCACCACAAACAUGCAUGCGAAGAACUUAGCGAUUGUGUGGGCUCCAAACCUCUUAAGAUCACAGCAGAGCAAGUCUGCCUGCGCCAGUGGGAGAGCUGCCUGCAUGGAACUGCAGACGCAGUCGGCAGUGGUGGAAUUCAUCAUCGACCACACAGACGUCCUCUUCUGCUCCACAUCUGGACCUGACAUCGCAGAUGGAGCAGGGCACAGUUCUCUCUCAGGGCCCCAGUCUGUGUGGGCGUCUUCUCCUGCCACAGAGCUGCUCAGCGUGGAGGAGGUGCAGGCACGGAGGCGAGGCCACAGCAGCUCUCCUGUCAUUGUGACUGAGAGCAGGGACAUGGAAGUGGAAGAAGGCCCCACAGCUGUACGGGGGAAAUUCCACACAGUCAUUGACUUUCCAUCUGAAAGACCAAGUCCACUGGGAAGGAUGAAGGAAUCACCAGGUGGCUGUUGGUGUUCCUGCUUCAGCCUGGGAAAACCAUCUUCUGGGGCCAAACGCCAACCGCAGUGCUGUCCCAGGGAGCCCACAGAGACAGACAUUGUAGUCCUGACAGGUGAUUCGAGCUCUUGUCAACUGAGCAGAGCCGGAGCAAGUAGCGAUGCUGGGCUGUAUGCUUCCACCAAUGGAGAGCUUGCAGGAAUCACAAGUGGCUGUGGAUCAGCUGACAGCCUGCCGCAUAACAACAGUGACGGACACGAGGAGCUCAUCCAAGUCCAAGCCCUCAUUUCUCCUGGCUCUGCUGAAGAUGCUGACCUGAGCCUGUCACACACCACAGGCACCAGCCUGGACUGUGACCCGGUGCCUCUGCAGUGCAGCCCAGCCCAAGCACAGCCUGAGUGCCCCGACAGUAGCACCUCCGUGCAGGAGCAGGUCAGCAACAGUGAGGACAAGCCGUGCCUCUUGGAGGGGGACUUAGAAUCAGGCCUCCAGUCCCAGGCACCGUGCAGCGGCUCUGAGAGCUCUGAGCCACUCUGUCUGUGACCUUUCCAUCCAAGAGAGGAGGAUUCCCAUCUUUACCUGGACCUCUCACGCCCUCCUGUCUUUUCCUUUAAUAAUAAAAGCACACUUGUGCUCACUC